CUUGUGUUUUCUCAGGAUCUGGUUUAUGAUCUGGUUCUUGGCUCUAAGUGUAACAUGUCAUGUGACAGUGAAGGACUUGGUACAGUAAAUAUUUGCAUUAUUAGCUCAGCUCAGCAGUCCUCAAGUAGCAGCCUUUUGCUAUUAAAACAACCGUCUCUCACUCUUUGUGAGUUAGACUGAAGUCAGAAUCUGCCUGUUUUGAGACAACCCUGUUUAAAAUGAACUUUGCGUUAUCAUGCCAUCAUACUUUGCACUCUCACAAUGUCAGAUUUAUGUAGAUUAGAUAACUAUAUCUAAUCUAUGGCUUCUAGCAAUUCAAAGCUUUCUCUUCUUCUCUUCUCUUUGGACACUUUCUCAGGCAUGCUAGAUAUGCUCUUGGCUAGAGUGAAAGCACAAAAAAAAUGUAAUGCUGUUUAGAGUCCUUCAAUCUGUUGCUACUUUAAUGGUUGGAGUGGUUUGUAAGGUUAAACCAUGUGUAUCUACAUACAUGAGCAAACAUGAGAUGAUGUGUAAAAUGAAUAUUAAGAACAUUAUUUCAGUCUAACAUCAGAAGAUAGAUAGAUAGAUAGAUGGCAUUCAGUAGUACACUUUGCUUUUUUGUAGAAGUUUGCAAUGCCAUUACUCAUUCAUUCAUUUAUCUUUAGUAAGUGCUUCCAUGGAAAACUCUUUUCAACAUCUGAGCUGUUUGUUUCUGUGCAAGGCUCAAUGGCUUUAGUGUCUGCAGAUACCAAAAUUGCUGAGCUGCUGAAUGAGCUCCAUCAACUAAUCAAACAAACUCAGGAGGAGCGCUCACGCAGUGAACACAACCUACUGAACAUCCAGAAGACACAUGAAAGGAUGCAGACAGAAAACAAAACUUCUCCAUACUAUCGGACAAAGCUGCGUGGACUGUACACCACAGCAAAAGCAGAUGCAGAGGCUGAAUGCAGUAUAUUGCGCCAUGCUCUUGACAAGAUUGCAGAAAUUAAAUCACUACUGGAGGAGAGACGUAUUGCUGCACGGAUGGCAGGGGUGUACAAUGACAGCGACCCACCCAGGAAGACCAUGCGCAGAGGUGUUCUGAUGACCCUGUUACAGCAAUCUGCAAUGACGCUUCCUCUAUGGAUUGGCAAACCAGGUGAAAGUCCACCCCCUCUGUGUGGAGCGAUGCCUGCGAGCAGUGACUACGUGGCUAAGCAGGGUGAUAAGGUGGCAGCUCGGGUGAAGGCUGUGGAUGGUGAUGAACAGUGGAUUCUGGCUGAAGUGGUCAGCUACAACCACUCCACCAACAAGUAUGAAGUGGAUGACAUUGACGAGGAAGGAAAGGAGAGACACACUCUAAGUCGAAGAAGAAUCAUCCCACUGCCACAGUGGAAAGCCAACCCAGAGACAGACCCUGAGGCACUGUUCAGCAAAGAUCAGCUGGUGCUGGCUCUCUACCCACAAACCACCUGCUUCUACAGAGCCCUGAUUCAUAACCCCCCACACCGGCCCCAGGAUGACUACUCGGUGCUGUUUGAAGACACGUCCUAUGCAGACGGCUACUCACCGCCUCUCAACGUAGCCCAAAGAUACGUAGUGGCCUGCAAGGAGAACAAGAAAAAGUGAGGAAGAGGAUUGAGUGGAUGGAGAUCUGGACCUGAUUAAGUGGUCUUUAAGUAGGAGGACUGAUGUAGAAUCAGACUUCUGCUGCAUAUAGUCACUACGUCACCAAAUGCAUCUGAGACCAGGACUCAAUCUGAAAUGACUGAAUACCAGCUCCGAUGAAAACGUACCUGGGAUGGCCUAAAUAUGUGUUUAUAUUUGUACAUGACUCUUGGAUUAUCAUUGGUAUGAAUGGUGAAAUAGCAUAAUUUGUGGUAUGUGUAGAUCAUAUGUUUUUUGUACAACAUUCCUGUCAGUGUGGGGCCAAAGAAAAGGACUGCAGAUAUACAUUUUAACAAAAUAAAAGAGAAAAAAAUUUUCAAGA